UUACAUUGACAUCCGCUUUUCUCUAUUUAUUUGUGUGUCUAAAGCUCCGUGCAAGAUCAGCAAGCAUAACGGCAAGAUCUGACAUGCACAAACUUCAAUUGCGUUUGAGUGUAAUUGUUCUUCUGGACACUCUGUGUUGGAUUCCUGUGACUGUACUACAUUGGAUAGGCUUUCCUGACGAAGAUAUUACAACAAAUGUGAAUUGGCUAAACAAUUCUACUGCAGCAAGUGUUCUUCUCAUCUCAAUCAGUCCAGCAAUUAAUCCUCUCAUCUACACAUUCACAGGAAAGAACUUUUUACAUUCAAUUCGCAGACGAAUGAAAUGCGACAUAUCUCUGAGACGGAACAAUUCCAACUACCACGACGAUCACAUUAGAGCAGUUGAACGUUGCAGCUGUAUUCCAUGUGUUAGAUGUGUUUAUCGAGAUGAAGACAAUGAUCCAGGCUACUGGCAUACUGAAGAUACUUCUGACUGGAAUUCUGAGCAGAGUAGACUUCUGCAGUCUACUAGCGAGUCAAGUGAAACUAGUUAAGAGAUUCACAUCAGCUACUGUUGCAUGGCUAAAACAAUAAAGAGUAGUCGUUUUCAAUGUGCAUGUGUCUUUAAAUUUU